CCACCAAAACUUCAUCUCCCGACCUUCAAAUGCGGGUGUCUACAGCGCAUGCGCAAAAGAGCAGGCGGCUCAGUUCCUCCACCGCGCGCUGUGUUCGCCAUAACUGGACCCGAGGAUAGCUACGGAUAGGGCUCACGGAGUGCCUGUAGCUGGGUGAAUCAGGAUGGGAGACAAGCCGAUCUGGGAACAAAUAGGAUCCAGCUUUGUUCAACAUUACUAUCAACUGUUUGACACGGACAGAACUCAGCUUGGAUCGAUAUAUAUUGAUGCGUCAUGCCUUACGUGGGAAGGACAGCAAUUCCAGGGAAAAGCAGCGAUUGUUGAGAAACUCUCUAGCCUGCCCUUCACAAAAAUAGCCCACAGCAUAACAGCACAAGAUCACCAGCCCACUCCUGACAGCUGCAUAAUGAGUAUGGUAGUAGGACAACUAAAAGCAGAUGAUGAUCCCAUAAUGGGGUUCCAUCAGAGCUUCAUCCUGAAGAACAUUAAUGAUGCGUGGGUGUGCACCAACGACAUGUUCCGCCUAGCAAUCCACAACUUUGGCUAAAAAAGCACCGCGGCUGUUGAGGGGGGGGGGUAUGGGGGAAGGUGGAGAACGGGGCACAUCACCCCCCAGUGAUGCCUGAACCUGUCUGCCCUUCAUUCGUCUUUGAGAUUCAGCACCGGUUUCCAAGAAGUCAAAUCACAGAUAACACAGGCACACAGUAGCGUCGCUGCUCCAGACAUGAGAACUGUUUCUUUGCCGAAAGCCCACAGAUCCAUCAAAGUGACCCCUUUCCCCUCUGCUGAUGUGCAUGAUGAUGGCAAGCUCGAAUAUCAGAGGACACUGACCUGGGAAAAAAGACAUAGUAACAUAACUUCCGCCAGUUACUACUAUUUACAUUUUAGUUCUCUACUUUGAUUUAAUAACCAUCUUAACUGCCUUAAAUUUGCUUUAGUACUCAUUGUGUUAUCUGCUUGCUUUUAGAGUUUGCUUCUUGCCACUUUAUUUUUCGUUUUUCCUUUUCCCUCUUGGACAUUGGAGCCGCCAUUCAUUGUGAUGUCAGGUUGCUCUAGCUAUCCAAAGAAACAUGAAAAGUUAAUAUCCUCCAGAUCCCCCACCAUUUCAGACCAGUGUGCUUUUCAUUUUCUGCUCACUGCUCUCUGUGACAAGUUACCAAGCCACAAGACACAAUAAAACCUUUGACUUUUUCUUAA